GUCGCAGAGCUAGAACUUAUAGUCAGCUUGUUUUUUCCACACAUUUCUUCAAUAUGAUGCAGAACAAGGAAAAUCGAGAUCCCUGUGGUUACCAAAGACCGCUCGCAGCCACAGGUCCUCAACGUGUACAAGUAAACCCACGUCCUGAGAAAACGGAUAAAAAUGCAAUCACAGGGCCUGGAAGAGAACUCGUCAGCUCAUCCUCCAAUUAUCUUCCAAAGAAAUUCUCAAUCAAAGAUUUUGACAUCGGUCGACCACUUGGAAAGGGCAAGUUUGGCAACGUCUACCUAGCAAGGGAGAAAAAUAUGAAAGCCAUUGUGGCACUAAAAGUGCUAUUUAAGUCACAGAUGGAGAAAGAAUGUGUAGAGCAUCAGCUCAGAAGGGAGAUUGAAAUCCAAGCACAUCUACGACACCCCAACAUCUUACGGUUUUACAACUACUUCCACGAUCACAGUCGGGUGUACCUUGUCCUCGAGUAUGCACCGCGGGGUGAGAUGUAUAAAGAGCUACAGAGGUGUGGGAGAUUUGAUGACAAACGUACUGCCACAUAUAUGGAGGAGUUGUCUGAUGCGCUUAUUUACUGCCACGAGAGGAAAGUGAUUCAUCGUGACAUCAAGCCAGAGAAUCUACUUCUUGGCUUUCGUGGAGAGCUAAAAAUUGCUGACUUUGGCUGGUCUGUCCAUGCGCCAUCUCUACGGCGCCGCACAAUGUGUGGGACACUGGACUACCUGCCCCCAGAAAUGAUUGAGGGCCACAGCCAUGAUGAGAAAGUGGACCUGUGGUGCAUUGGGGUUCUCUGCUAUGAGUGCUUGGUCGGCAAGCCACCCUUUGAAACUGCCAGCCACCAGGAAACAUACAAAAGAAUUACAAAGGUGGACUUGAAGUUCCCCAAGGUCGUCUCGAAUGAAGCACAGGACCUCAUCUCCAAACUGCUCCAUCACAACCCACUUAGUCGUCUUCCACUGCAGAGUGUUAUCGAUCACCCUUGGGUGCGUGCCAACUCUUGCCGAGUCCUGCCCCCCGUCUACACUACUAAGAAGCUCUAAAGCCUUCCUUUUGUCACUUAAGUCUUUCUUCUUCCCUGGUGUGGCUUAUCUGGUCUGUCACUCAGGAGAGACUUAGCCAGUGUUUUUACUUUUCACUGCUGUGGGUUACUCACUGCCAGUGUUCUGGCACCUUUUAAUCAUGGCAGGCAGAAAGCCAUACCCACUUGUUUUUUACUGUACAGUUAUCUGUGUUAUUUUUCAGAAUUUUCAGUUUUUUCUGUAAUGAUUUGAAUUGGACAUCUCAGAUUGGAAUUUCCAUAUCUUGACAAAGUGCCGACACCAAAGUACCACUUAGACAGCUUGAACUGAAAUCUUGUGUUCUUGAUGAUAGCCUUUUAAUAUCUUUAGGGUGGGGGAGGGCAUCUUUUUUUCUCAAUUCAUACUUUAGAAUUUCUAAUAAAUAUCUUUGUUUUGAAAGCUUGUUGUUUUAAAUUAAA